CGCAGGGCCCUAGGCCGGGAGGGGCGGAGGAGCCCGCGGCCGGGCGGCGGGGCCCCGCCUCGGAGCGGGAUGGCGGCCUCGGCCCUGUACGCCUGCACCAAGUGCACCCAGCGCUACCCCUUCGAGGAGCUGUCGCAGGGCCAGCAGCUCUGCAAGGAGUGCCGGAUCGCUCACCCCAUCGUCAAGUGCACUUACUGCCGGUCAGAGUUCCAGCAGGAGAGCAAAACUAACACGAUUUGUAAGAAGUGUGCGCAAAAUGUCAAGCAGUUUGGGACACCCAAGCCUUGUCAGUACUGUAACAUAAUUGCAGCAUUUAUUGGUACCAAGUGUCAGCGCUGCACAAAUUCUGAAAAAAAGUAUGGACCGCCUCAGACCUGUGAGCAGUGCAAACAGCAGUGUGCGUUUGACCGGGAGGAGGAGGGGAAGAGGAAGGUUGAUGGGAAGUUGUUGUGCUGGCUUUGUACUUUAUCAUACAAAAGAGUUUUACAGAAGACAAAAGAGCAGAGGAAGAGCUUGGGAUCUUCACAUUCAAAUUCUUCAUCCUCAUCCCUCACUGAGAAAGACCAGCAUCAUUCAAAGCACCACCAUCACCACCAUCACCACCACCACCACCACCACCGGCAUGGCAGUGCCCAUCACAAAAUUAGCAAUCUAAGCCCAGAACAAGAGCCAGGACUAUGGAAACAGAGCCAUAAAUCCUCUGCAGCAAUUCAGAAUGAAACUCCAAAGAAAAAACCCAAAUUGGAGUCUAAGCCCUCUAAUGGAGAUAGCUCUAUAAAUCAGUCAGCAGAUAGUGGGGGAACAGACAAUUUUGUCCUUAUAAGUCAACUGAAAGAGGAGGUGAUGUCACUGAAGCGUCUCCUACAGCAAAGGGACCAGACCAUCUUGGAAAAAGAUAAAAAGUUAACGGAGCUAAAGGCAGACUUUCAGUAUCAAGAGUCAAAUUUACGAACAAAGAUGAACAGUAUGGAAAAAGCUCAUAAAGAAACUGUAGAACAACUUCAGGCCAAAAACAGAGAACUACUCAAACAGGUUGCAGCAUUGUCAAAGGGUAAAAAGUUUGACAAAAGUGGAAGCAUACUAACAUCUCCUUGAAAAAUUAUUUGUUUAGUGUUUCUGUUGACAAUGUAAAUUUGGGGCAGGGUGGGGAAGGAAUCUGUGAAGCCCUGAAAUUCUGUGUAGUGGAAAAAUAUUUUUGCACACCAGAUGAAUUGGUGUGUUUCCUACUCACUUUUGUAACUGAUGUAUAGCCUUUUUUAAGUUGUAAAGCAUUCAAAUAAAGCUUCAACUGGUUUGAAGUAACUUUGAUUAUUUGAUAUCCAGAAACUUUUUGCCAGCAAUAGUAUGAAACAGUUGUAAUGGAGUAGUGCUCUUUAUAAAAUGCAAUAACAGAGUAGAUUUGGUUUUAAGAAGUCAUAGCAGCAGGGCUUUGUGUUUUGGGUUUUCUUUAACACUAUGCUAAUUUCAGAUAAAGUUUUCAGUUUAGAAAUACAAAACAUUUAAACAAGGAAAAUGUGAACACUGGUUUGGGAAAAAUUGUAUUUUUACUUUGUAUCUACAUGAAGUAGGAGAGAAUCAUGGUGCUUUAUUAAAUGGACUUCAGAAUAUAUGUACAUAUGUUUUUAAAAGUUACAUCAUUAAUGUCAAUAACCUAGCAUUUUCAUUACUGGUAUAGGAUUUCAUGUUUAUUGUUCAAUACCCAAGGUAAAAUGUGUUUUUGUUUUGUAAAAACUGUAGAUUUUUACUUACAAGUGCCUUUUUGCCACCCAAUGUUUUUAUUUAUAGGAAUGCUGAUCUUUUGUACAUAGUUUGUUUUAAAACCAUGUUUAAUAAAUGUUUGUAUAUAAAUGCUUAUGUACAAAAGCCUAUUUCAAAAAGAAAUCAAAGUUGCUAGUAAUGUGUUUGAGGUUGCAUAUUGAGAACUGACCAGGCAUAUAGACUAGAUUUUGUGCUUUUUUUGUGUGUAUGUGAUAAAGGAAGCAGUUGGCUAUUGAAUUCAUUUAAUUACGCUGAGAUGCUUCUCUAAAGAUUUAGUUUUAACUCAUUUCUGAUAGAGUAAUUUUAUUUUUUUUGGCUAUAUAGCUUCAUGUCAUUUUAUGUUCCAUGUUUUGCUUUAUUUUUUAUAUAAAAAUUGGCUUCUACAGUGAUUCAUAUAUAUCUGCUUUCUCUAUAUUAUGUGGUUAUCUAAGUUAAUAUUUAUAUAUACGUCAUACUUAAUUUGUACACUUUGCAAACUUGCAAAACUUUAAAUAACUUGUUAUAAUCUAAUCUGCUUAUCUUUGUAUAAAUUGGAACCUCUGUAAGAUUCAGGCACUAAUAAAAUUGCCUCAGAGUCUUUAAGUUUAUCAAUAGAACUAAGAUAAUGUGGAAUAGGUUAUAUGAAGUUACUAGUUUUUUUUCAGUCUGUAAUGGAAAUUGAUGUCCUACUUAGUAACCAGUUCUAUUUUAAAACCUCAGGCAUUGUUAGAUACACUGUAUAGAUUAAAAGAUUUCCUCUAGGAAUUUGUGGACAGAGAUAAAUUGUUUGAAGUACACUGUUACUCAAUUUUGAAGGUUUCCUUUUUAGACAAACGUUGAUUGCGAAUUUCAUAUCAAAGAUAAGCUUUCUUAAGAAAACAUGGUGAUUGUAUCAAUUCUUUUUAACAUGAUUCAUGUUUCAGUAGACUACUUAUAGUUGUUUAUUAUAAUGAUAAUGAAUAUUUAUCCAGUUUGGAAACACAUCAUCUGGGGUGAUUUUCAAGAAAUGGUAUGAUUGAAUCAGUCAGAUUUGGAAAAACUAAACCAGCUAUUUUUAUGAGAUCUUCACACAAGUAAUCUUAAAUUUGCUACUAUCAAACAUGGUGGGUAAUGCUUAUUUAUGAAAUUUUCACAUAAGUAAUCUUAAAUUCACUGCUUUCAACCAUGAUUGAUAAUGCCUUAACAUGGACUUUAAUGUUUUCAAGAUUCACUAAUUUCACAAGAUAAUCAUUACUUUUCUUUAAAAUUUGUUAAGCUUUUGUAUUCUGGGUUUAUAAUACCCUUUGUCAAUCCACAGGGAUCAUUGUGGUUCUAAAAUAAAUUGUAGUAGUUCUUAUACGUUGUUGGAGAUGCUACAAAAGAAAGUUACCCUUCCCCCUUUAGCUAGCGAAAACCUUGAAAAAGCUAGUUUAAUUCAUUAAGCUUUGUAAAUUCUAAGAUUAAAUCCAUUUAGGGGCUCCAUGGUACUUUGCCCUAAUUAAAUACCCUAUCUUUAUUCCAUUAUCUUACUUUAUAACAAAAUCUUGCAGCUGUAUAAACUAGUAAUUGAGUCCCAGUCCUGGAUCUGUAGUAUAUUGACUUAAUGAGCUGAUACUCUUUAAAUGUAAGAAGAUACUAUAGUGUGCUGUAUUGUGCUUUUAGCCUGAUUACUGCGAUUAAUUAACAUUUACCAGUGAGGUCCAUUUUGGCUCAAGUUAUUUAUGUGUUAAUAGCCUGUGAAUAUUGCAGUCCUUUUUAGAUUGUAUUGGUCUAAAUAUGCAUUCUGCAAUGAACCUGUUAAGCUGUUCACAUGUAUAGAUGAUCAAAAUACUGUACUUGUACACAUCUGACUGUUGACAUUUUUGUACUUUUUUUCUAAAUCCAAUAUUUCACAAUAAAACAUUGUCAAAUGCUU